CAUUUGCCGCUGAUUGUCUUUGUUGACCUGGUAUUUUUUAUUUUAACAGUGAAUGAUCUAAACAGUUUUAAGUUGAAGAAGUGUUAGAAUGGCUAGUGCAGACUUUAGAAAAGACGUAAUGCCAGUUCGCCCACGUAGCGUUUAUACAGCACAUUCAUAUAACCAGGAAGAAUCAAAUCUAUCUGCUUUUCAAGAUUACAGCAAAUUUCUAGAGGGUGGGUUAGGGCAGGCGGAGUUAGUGGGUGCAACUGCAUGGCAGCCUCCAUGGCGGGCGCCAUUGCAACGUAAAGCUCCUUUUUAUCCCGGCGAUGACAUCUAUCACGCCGACACCUGGAGAGAACUUGAGGUAACGGACGUUGUUGGUGGCGCCGGGUACAAUGCGUCGGUAACACCGCACGGUACAAUUUGUCUACGGCUGAGGGAUCGCGUCAAGGUGGACAUGACGAUCGACGGGGCUGUGCGAGUUACAAACGCGAAGAACAACAUAAUUUUGGCGCUCUCCCGCUCCGGGGCAGCGGCUGCCCUCAUUCAUCCGAAUGGUCGAGUGUACCACUAUGGUUCCCGUGUUGAGAUCCAGGCUCGCCAUCAACAAGGGAAUAACAAGUACGCGAAGAUGUGGUACAAGGGCGUGUCGUUCACGGCCGAGCAGUGUGCGCUGGUGUACCUCGUGGACGCUGCCGGGACGCGGACCACCACGGACACUUUCCUGGACAUGAGCCAGGAUUUCACGCUCAAUGUGUUCUACAACAGCGAGUCCCGCCACGGGCCUUCAUACGUGAACGAGGCGCUGUCGCUCCUGCAAGCUGCACAAUACUGGCUCACUGACGACGGCAUCGACAAUUGGAUCAUCAACAAUGUUCGCGUCAGCCAAACCGCCGAUGGACUUGUCAGAAUCCACCGCUGCAGUCAUAAAUACCAGUUGCGUACCAGUCCCAGUAACGGAUCUGCUUCAAUAACUAGCCCCUUUCUGCACUGCACCGCAUCGCUUGGACAGACUCAACAUUUGUUCGUGCGACGCGGCGAGAGGCGAAUGCACUUCGAUGGGAACUCUUUUAUAGUUCGCAACGCUGGCCAUUCAGCCGGCUUCGACGACAAGAAUCAACUAAAGGUGUACUGAACUGACACAUUACUCAUUUCAAUUAUGUAAACCGAUGUUUAAUGUUGUACAGAACAUUUAACUCUCAAUUGCUAUGUCAAACGAUAUUCUGAUAAGGACAAGUCUUUAAAAUUUUAGUGCAUUUCGUUCCUUAUUGCAAACGGCGUUUUACGUUUAUGAGCACCUUUUUAAUAUCGCCAAGUCCAUUUCAUUUUCAACGCAUUUUAACACAUAAUAGUGAAUAAGAUUACAGUAUCAUUUAAGUGUUAGAUCGUCACGUUGUUACUGUUUCUAAUUUGGAGCUUUUUUUAAUUACCAUAUUGUCAAUAGGACGUUGAGAGCAAACAGUGUCAUAUCCUAAAUAUUUUUAUAUACAUAUACGUAUUUUUACAUCUCACUUUUUUAUAAUUUUAUUAUAUUCCUGCGUUGUUUAAACAGUGAACGAUUCAGUUCUUAAAAUAUAUAAACUGAAAAUGAACUUAUCGUUACAAAUGCAACAAAAUGACGCAACGAAUAGUAAGAAAUAGCUUGUAUUUAUUGUAAGUACUCUGUCAGCAAUUUUAAUAAAAGGCUCAGUUUACAAUAAUUUUUUAAUAACAUUCCAUAUUUAUGUUAGAUCUUAACAAAAAUGACUUACAAAGGGACUUGGCGGUUUUUGUAGGUUCAAGUACUUUUAAUGGUAUAGUUUUGUUUCAAAUGGCUUGUCUUGGUUAUUGUUUACAAAAAAUACAAGUAUCGGGUAUCCAAUGCUGUA